UGCUUUGUGUGAAAAUUACUCCUGUUCUUUUUCUCUUUCUUGAAAGUCACCUCCACCUCAUGGAUUCAGGAAACUUUACAAGAAUGUCAGAAUUUCUUCUCCUGGGACUAUCAGAGGACCCAGAACUACAGCCCUUCCUAUUUGGGCUGUUCUUCUGCAUGUACCUGAUCACAGUGUUGGGAAACCUGCUCAUCAUCCUGGCUGUCAGCUCAGACUCCCACCUCCACACACCCAUGUACUUCUUCCUUUCCAACCUGUCCUUGGUAGACAUUUGUUUCACCUCUACCAUUGUCCCAAAGAUGCUACUGAACAUCCAGACACAGAGCAAAGUCAUCACCUAUGCAGGCUGCAUCACUCAGAUGUGUUUUUCCUUACACUUUGCAGUGUUGGAUGAUAUCCUCCUGACUGUGAUGGCCUAUGACCGCUUUGUGGCCAUCUGUCACCCCCUGCACUACAUGGUCAUUAUGAACCCCAAGCUCUGUGGACUACUGGUUCUAGUGUCUUGGAUAAUAAGUGCUCUGAAUUCCCUAUUACAAUGUUCUAUGGUGUUGAGGGUGUCCUUCUGUCCAGACUUGGAAAUCCCCCACUUUUUCUGUGAACUCAAUCAGAUGACCCAACAUGCCUGUUCUGACACCUUUCUUAAUAACAUUGUGAUUUAUUUUGUAACUGUACUACUAGGUGGUGGUCCCCUGGCUGGAAUCCUUUACUCUUACUCUAAGAUUGUGUCCUCCAUACAAGCAAUCCCAUCAGCUCAGGGGAAGUAUAAAGCAUUUUCCACCUGUGCAUCUCACCUCUCAGUUGUCUCCUUAUUUUAUGGUACAAGCUUGGGCGUGUAUCUCAGCUCUGCUGUUACCCACAACUCACAGUCCAGUGCAAUCGCCUCAGUAUUAUACACCGUAGUCACACCCAUGCUGAACCCCUUCAUCUAUAGUCUCAGGAACAAGGACAUAAAGAGAGCUCUCAAAAGAUCUUUUGUGGUGGCAGGUACAAAAGGGACAAUCACUUGAGGCCAAAAAAGUAUCCUUGCCUUCUUUGCCCUAAGAUUCAAAACCAGAAAUUGUGCGAUAAUUUAAUCAGAUUUUUGGUUUUGAACUUGCUUAUUUCAUUUCUGUCCUGGAAUUUCCUUUGUUUGUUUCAAGUUCUCUACACAGUUUAAGCCACCAUUUUAUUAAGCUUUCUACUUUGUCUAUUAUAUAGACAGUUUUCCCUUUGUCCAUUUUCCAAAAAUCAAAAAGUUUUUUCCAGCCUUGAUCAGAUAUAUUUGAAAGUGUUUCUUUAUUUCUGUGUCAACAAUGAUGUCUUUAGAAUAAUUUCUUCUCAAAUGACAUACAGGGCCAGUAGAAGUAAGGCUUGAUUGUGUAUGGUUGGUAGGGUACAUGAAUGCUUCAUAUGAGAUGGACAACAAUUUCAACAUUUCACCUAAAAUGUCAUAUGGUGUGUUUCACUGUGAUAGUGUUAUGUUACAGAAUUACAUGCUUAUGACUUUGUAAUAAAAAAGGAGCUUUAUUAGUGCCAGACCCUAUAUAUUAUUGUAAGUAAUUUUUUCUUGUUUUGUAGAUAGAGUAGUAAAGGGUUUUCUAAAAGAGCAUUUUAUAACAUGUUGAUUCUUGUAUAAAAUUCACAAAAAUUUUAUGUAUAUUCCUGUGUGUAAUUCCGAAAGAAGUUUGAG